AACCACAGCCAGGUUCUGUGCUGGGAGGUUGUGGAAGGUGAUUGGCCACUGAAGGCCUCAAAAGGAGCUGUGGCAAAGGGACUUGGUGGAAGUGGCUGCUCCUCUGAAACGCUACUCACAUCUGUUCCUCCCCAUCAAGCCACAGUCCUCUGAACCCUGAGCAGCCAUGUGCAAAUUUGAGAUACCCAAAGAAGACAUUGAGAAAUUGAAAAAGACAAUGUGCCAGUCUGUAAACGUAUUCUGUGAUAAAAUCCAAUCCAAUGGAGAAGAGGAGGUCAACUUAGGCCUAGAAGAGCUGCAGGAAAACGUCAAUGAGGCCUUAAUUGAAGCCCUAUUUGCUCAGUAUAAGGACGACAACCAGGAAUCCAGUUCCUUAUUUCUGGAACAUCAGCGGGAAGUACGUCACAGAGUCUUUAGUGGAGUCCACCCUGAAGAUGAGGGUCCAGGUUUUGCCGGACAGGAACAGGGCCUGGAACAGGACUUCCAGCAGAAAGGAUUGCAUGUCGUGAGUCCAGAGCCCCAGAAGCCCGGGGAGAGCUUUUGUGAAUGGGUACUGAGGUUGUUCCAAAAGAUGCUACAGCAGCUGCAGAAGACGUGGCAGGCCGUGCUGGCCUGGGUGCAGGAGAAAUGGGCUUCCUUGCUCAGUGCAAUGAAGUCUAUCUUCAGUGAGAUUAUGAGUUUCUGCUCCAACAUGGCAGAGUACUUCUCCAGUUGCUUCCAGGUCUAAGGAGUCCCAAGAAAGUUCCUGGAAGAGCUCCGCCAAACCUACCAGCCCUUUGAUCCCGCCCCACCCUCCCUUCUCUUCACCCUUGACCUGUCCUUGACAACCUCCCUCACUUCCUCCCUCUUCACAGCCUCGCCACCCUGCCUGCCCUAGUUUCCUUCUCCAGG